AUGGAAUUGUUUGUUGGCAAGCUUUAUCUUGCUUUUGUUGCUGGAUCUGUUUUCUUCGCCAUUUACGUGAUCUACAGUGGUAUCGGUGUGGUGUGCCAGUGUCAGCUAAAUGAAGGAUUCGUUGUGCUCAUCGCUCUCAUUCUCCUCCCGAUCAUUAUAUUAUUAACAACGCUGUGUGUAAACGAUUCGUGUGAGAAAUACAAGCAAGCAAAGGAAGAUGGCAGUUUAGAGAAAUGCAGGUACGUGUAUCCUCAGCCUGAAGAUGACAUCAUUCUGUGCGGAAUCAUCGUUGUUGAUGGUAAGAAAGAAGAGCGGAAAGUUAGCGUAAAACGUAAGCUGGCUGGUGACGAGAGUGAUCCGACAGCAGCAGCCAAUCUGCCAAAGGGCGCCUUCGUUCGUGGAGUUGCCGGCAUCGCAUAA